GCAGCUGAUCCCACAAAGCGGAGUUCCUCCAGAGUCUCCAGAGCCCCUGUCCGGCUGUCCGCUCCGCUCCGAGCCCCAGCUCUCUCCCUCUCUCUCACCCGAUGCCUGGGUCAUGUCCGGGCUGCUGAACAGGAGGAUGGGCCCGGGACGCGGCUCUCCGCUGCUGCUGCUGGAGCUGCUGCUCCUCGGGGUUUUGUCCGGAGCUCAGGAGGAGAUCCAGCCCGUGCCGCAGGGCGCCUCCACCCUCGCCUUCGUCUUCGAUGUGACCGGCUCCAUGUACGACGACCUGGUGCAGGUGAUCGAGGGAGCCUCCAAGAUCCUGGAGACCUCCCUGAGCAGACCCAAGAGACCCCUGCACAACUUCGCUCUGGUGCCCUUCCACGACCCAGAGAUCGGCCCGGUUACCAUUACAACAGAUCCCAAGAAGUUCCAGAAUGAGUUGAGGGAGCUGUAUGUGCAGGGUGGUGGAGACUGUCCAGAGAUGAGCAUUGGAGCAAUCAAGAUUGCCUUGGAGAUCUCUCUGCCUGGAUCCUAUAUUUAUGUCUUCACAGACGCCCGCUCAAAAGACUACAAACUAACCCAUGAAGUUCUCCAGCUCAUCCAGCAGAAGCAGUCUCAGGUGGUGUUUGUGUUGACUGGGGACUGUGAUGACAGAUCACAUAUCGGAUACAAGGUAUAUGAGGAAAUAGCAUCCACCAGCUCAGGACAGGUCUUCCAUCUGGACAAGAAACAGGUCAACGAGGUCCUGAAAUGGGUGGAGGAAGCAGUACAGUCCUCUAAAGUCCAUCUGCUGUCCACUGACCACUACAAUCCAACUAGCAACACAUGGCAGAUCCCAUUUGACCCCAGCCUGAAGGAAGUGACAGUUGCCUUGAGUGGACCAGCCCCAGGCAUUGAGAUACGCAACCCCCAAGGGAAGCUGAUUGGGACUAAAGAUGGGCUGACAGAGCUUCUUCACAUUCCCAACUCUGCCAAAGUCUUUAACCUGAAAGAUCCCGCACCAGGCAUGUGGUCCAUAAAGGCAAUCAGUGAGGGUCGACACUCGGUCCGCAUCACAGGACUAAGUACCAUUGAUUUCCGAGCCGGAUUUUCCAGGAAACACACCCUGGAUUUCAAAAUGACUUCCAGCAGACCAGUGCAAGGCAUCCCCACCUUCAUCGUGCUCAACACUACAGGGCUGUCCCGUCCUGCACGUGCUGAUCGGCUGGAGCUCCUGAGCAUCACAGGAGGGGUGAUGAAGACUUUACCUAUUCGCUAUUAUCCUGAGCGUUUGCCCUACAGCAUCUGGAACAUCACUGAAUUUGUGCCACCCAAUGAAGCUUUCUUCCUGAGAGUGACGGGUUAUGACCGCGAUGGCUACCUCUUCCAGAGGGUCUCCAGUGUCUCAUUUUCCAGUAUUGUUCCAGGUGCCCCCAAAGUCAUCAUGCCCUCCACCACCCCGGGUUACUACCUGCAGAAGGGUGGCCUCAGCUGCUAUGUUGACAGUUUGAUUCCCUACACCGUUCGUUUCGCCCGGGAGGGAGAACGGCUUGGUGUGGACCAGCUCUUCAGUGAGUCAUCAAAUGCAUCAUGGGAGAUUACUGAGGUGUCUCUAAAAGAUGAGGGUUUCUAUGACUGUGUUGCCAUCAGCAGUGCUGGAACUGGCCGGGCUCGUACAUUCCUGGACGUCUCUGAGCCCCCUCCAGCCGUUACAGUACUGUCUAACGCAACAGCAUCACCAGGAUCUGUGGCUUUGCUCACCUGCGUGGUAGCCAGCACUGUGCGUUAUAACCUGACCUGGCAGCGUGGAGGCGUGGACAUUCGACCAGACGCUCGUCUCCGACUUACCACCAACCUUUCUCUGGAGAUCCUGCGUGUCACCCCAGACGACGGCGGCUGGUAUGGCUGUGUUGCUGCCAAUGAGGGUGGGGUGUCUUCCUCUCGCAUCUACCUGAACGUGCAAGCCCCACCAUUGGUAUCUGUGAAUCCACAAAACCAGACGUUCAGUGCCGGGGAGGAGGUGUGGAUCAGGUGCUCAGCUAAAGGCUACCCCACACCCACCAUUGUGUGGACCCACAAUGACAUGUUCAUUAUGGGCACCAGCAGGCACAGGAUGACCCAGGAGGGGGCACUGGUCAUCAGGAAUACGGUGCGGAAAGACGCAGGGGCUUAUAGCUGUCUGGCCAGUAACGUGGCUGGAACAAACACCCAGACUGCUCUUCUCAGCUAUAUCGAGUCUCCUCAGAUCACAGUCCCCCAGAGCAGAAUGCUGACAGGCUUAGGACAGACUGUCAUCAUGGAGUGUACUGUAACAGGAAUUCCACAGCCAGAGGUCUUGUGGUAUAAAGGUGAUCAGCAGGUGAAGGCAUCAAUGUUUGUGAGUAUGGAUCCACAGCGGGGUACGUUGAGCAUUCGGCAGACCGAGGAUGCAGAUUCUGGAGACUAUAUCUGUGUGGCAGUGAAUUUGGCCGGCACGGCACAGGGGAAGAUCACACUGGACGUUGGCUCUGCCCCUAAGUUCACAAGGCAGCCAUCUGAUGUGGCUGCAGACAUUGGCUCGAACGUCACCCUAACUUGCCAUGCACAGGGCCACCCUGAGCCACGCAUCACCUGGAGACGAGAGGAUAACACUGCCUUCUCCUCCCGUCGCCAUGGCCACAGCACUGUCACUCAGAAGAGGAAUGGAGACUUGCAGAUCACCAACCUCUGGGUAGAAGAUGGUACCACCUAUUUAUGUGAGGCACAAAACCAGUUUGGUAAAAUCCAGACCAAGGCCAGAGUCACAAUCACAGGGCUGGUCUCUCCUGUGAUAGCCUUAAGUCCUGCAGAGGUCAGUGUGAUCGAGGAGCAGCAGGUCACUCUUCCCUGUGUGCUGCUAGCUGGAAACCCACUUCCUCAGAGACACUGGAUCCAUGAGAACACUCUGAUAACUUCAGGCCCGUAUGUGAGUAUCCGGCGAGAUGGCAGUCUGCAUAUAGAGCGAGUCAGUGUGCAGGAUGGUGGAGAGUACACUUGUGUGGCUGAAAACGUGGCUGGAUCCAGCAACCGUACCACAACUGUUCACAUAUAUGUUAUGCCCACUAUUCAACAUGGUCCACAAGUGUUCAGUACAAUUGAGGGAACGCCCAUUUCUCUGCCGUGUCAUGCUCGUGGAGUGCCCAAACCAGACAUCACAUGGGCUAAGCGUGGAGAGAUGCUGGAUCUGAAUGGUGGGCUCUUCUCUCUGGAGGAGGACGGCAGUCUGCACAUCGCCUCCCCCAGUGGGGAGGAGUCUGGAGAGUUUGUGUGCACAGCCACCAAUCCAGCUGGAUACAGCUCCAGAAAAGUCCAACUCACGGUCUACGUGAGACCUAGGCUGGGCGGGGGUGGAGUCGGUGAUCAGACUGGAUCAGGAGAGCUGGUAGAGAUGUCUGUAAAGCUGGGUGAGGAUGUAACUCUGCCGUGUGAAGUACAGAGUGUCCCACCUCCCACCAUCACCUGGGCCAAAGACAAGCAGCUUAUCUCCCCAUAUUCCCCCAGACACACUCAGUUGCCCUCAGGCUCCAUGAAGAUCACAGAGGUCCGCGUGACAGAGAGCGGCAUGUAUCUGUGCGUGGCCACCAACAUCGCCGGCAACUUCAGCCAGUCUGUCCGACUCAGCGUCCUCGUGCCUCCCAGUAUCUUAGCUGGUCCCCGUGUGAUGAAGGUUCAAGUGGAGCAUUCUGUAGAUCUCCCCUGCGUGGCUCAAGGGGUUCCCGAACCCUCUGUGAGCUGGCAGAAGGACGGAACCACCAUAGUGCCAGAUGGUACCAGGUACAGGUUCUCCCCAGAUGGAACUCUGACCAUUCAAAAGGUGACACUGACCAAUGAGGGAGUGUACACCUGCACGGCUAGCAAUAUUGCAGGACAAGACAAGGCCAACAUUCAACUGAUAGUGCAAGUUCCCCCUGUGGUGGAAGUAUCUGAACCCCCUUUCAACAGCCCCCUGCAGGAAAGAGUGGCCAACCAGCGCAUUGCCUUCCCCUGCCCUGCCAAAGGAAUGCCUCAGCCAGUAAUAAAGUGGUUUAGGAAUGGUCAGGAGCUGACAGGCAAUGAACCAGGAAUGUCCAUCCUCGAGGAUGGUACGCUGCUCAUCCUGGCCUCAGUGUCACCACUGGAUAAUGGUGAAUAUACCUGUACGGCUGUCAAUGAUGCAGGCAGCACUGAGAAGAAAUACCAACUCAAGGUCAAUGUGCCCCCUGAUGUACGAGAUAAAGGCCUGCCAGCCAAUGUCUCAGUGGUGAUGAAUCAGCCCACAAGUUUGUUGUGUGAUGUUACUGGCACACCUCCACCAGUCAUCACCUGGUAUAAAGAUGGAGUGCCGGUGGUUGCCAGCAGUAAUGUGCAGAUCCUACAAAGAGGGAAAACGCUGAGAUUGCUGAAGGCUGCUACUGUGGAUGCAGGCCACUACAGCUGCAAGGCCAUCAACAUUGCGGGAAACACUGACAAAGACUUCUAUCUGGAUGUCCUGGUCCCUCCUACUAUCAUUGGAAGCGGCGGGUCUCGUGACCUCUCUGCUAUUCUCAAUCAGGAGAUCAGCUUGGUGUGCAAGGUUAAAGGUGUGCCCUUUCCCACAAUUCAGUGGUACAAAGACAGGAAGCCAGUGUUUUUGGCAGACCCCAAUAUCGAAGUGUCAGACCAGGGCCAGGUGUUAAAAAUCAAGAGCGCACGUCUGGGAGACCAGGCCCGCUACCAGUGCAGUGUGUCCAACUCUGCUGGAAAACAGUCCAGGGACUUCAACCUCAGCAUUUAUGUGCCACCCAGUAUAAAGGGAGGGAAUGUGACCGCGGAGGUGACAGCUCUUCUGGAUAACUCUGUUACUUUGGAGUGUGAGGCCCGAGGUGUGCCCCUCCCCGCCAUCACCUGGUACAAGAACGGAGUGACUAUUCUGUCCAGCAGACAAGCCCAGUACUUGGAGCAUGGUCAGUAUCUUAAGAUCACCCGGGUCCAGGUGUCUGAUUCUGGACACUAUACCUGCAAGGUCACUAGUGUGGCUGGCACCGCUGAGAAGGCUUACGAGCUGGACGUCUAUGUUCCGCCUUCAAUCACAGGAGGUUCAGAUGGCCCUGUGGAGAAAAAGGUUGUGGUCAGUAAAUCUUUGACACUGGAAUGUGAGGCAGGUGGGCAUCCUCCUCCCUCCCUUACCUGGCUAAAGGAUGGGUCUCCUGUGAAUGCGGGGAAUAACCUGCAGGUUAUGGAACAGGGUCGAAAAAUCCAGAUCCUCAACGCUGUUCCCUCAGACGCAGGCCGAUAUGUCUGUGUAGCCACUAGCUCUGCAGGGGAAAUGGAGAUCAAAUACGAUGUGAACGUUUUAGUGCCACCCACUGUUGAUGGUGCAGACGAAAGCACAGAUGCCACUGUCACCAUCAAUAGCCUUUUAGAACUGGAGUGCCAUGCCACAGGAACACCAACACCCACCAUCACGUGGCUGAAAGAUGGAAAACCAGUAAGGCAGGGGGAAGGUGUGAAGAUUGUGGUGAACGGUCGUCGUCUCAUCAUCUCUCGUGCUCAGGUCUCAGACACAGCUCUUUUCCAGUGUGUGGCCUCGAAUGAAGCAGGAGAACAAGAGAGAGACUUUAAAGUAGCAGUGCAUGUCCCUCCAUCAAUCCGCUCUACUGGUCCUGCUGAACGCUCUGUCAUUCUUCACAAUCCAAUGAGUCUUCAGUGUGUGGCCACUGGUGUUCCAGCUCCCAGUAUCACCUGGCUCAAAGAUGGCCGCCCUGUGGAUACCACCCAAGGCUUAAUUAAGCUGGAGUCUGCAGGAAAAGUUCUGCAUAUUAAGGAGGCCAGACUGGAGGACGCUGGGAAAUACACCUGUGUGGCUACCAAUGCUGCAGGAGAGGCUCAGCAGCACAUUCGCCUCAAUGUGCAUGAGCCUCCCAGUAUCCAGUUUGCUGGAGAGACUGUCAAUCAAACCAUCUUGGCCGGAUAUCAAAUCCAAUUGCAGUGUAAAGCGACAGGACGUCCUGUACCAGCCAUCACCUGGUAUAAGGACAGUCGGCCACUGACUAGUGCAGCGGGGGUGAGAAUUUUGAGCCGAGGGAAGGUGCUGGAGAUUGACCGUGCACAAGUGUCUGACUCUGGGAUUUACAAGUGUGUGGCUGUGAGCGUGGCCGGCAAAGCAGAACUGACGCACAGCCUGCAGGUGUAUGUCCCACCCUCAAUCUCUAGUGAAGGAGGAAUGGUGACGGUGGUGGUGAACGAUCCAGUUAGGCUGGAAUGUGAGGCCUCAGGUCUGCCUGUGCCCAGUCUCACCUGGCUCAAAGAGGGCAGUCCUGUCUCCAGCUCCUCCAAUGGCAUCCAGGUACUGGCUGGAGGCAGGGUGCUGUCUUUUAGCAGUGCUCAGGUCAGUGAUACAGGACACUACACCUGUGUGGCGGUGAAUGCUGGAGGAGAGCAGCAGAGAGAGUAUGACCUGCAUGUCUAUGUGCCACCCAACAUCAUGGGUGAGGAGGUCAACAGCACAGUUCUCAUUGGGCGUUUGGUAGAGCUGCACUGCCAGAGUGAUGCCAUCCCCCCACCCACUCUGAGCUGGCGUAAAGAUGGAAGGCCCCUGUACAGGAAGCCGGGACUGACUGUGUCUGAGGAUGGCACCAUGUUGCGGAUUGCAAAUGCACAGUUGCAGGACACAGGCAGGUACACAUGUGAGGCUGCUAACAUCGCAGGCAAGACAGAGAAGAACUACAACCUGAACGUUUGGGUCCCCCCUAGCAUCCGUGGUUCUGAAGAGGUGUCUCAUCUGACAGUGACUGAGGGUGGACUCAUCACUCUGGUCUGCGAGUCCAGUGGCAUCCCCCCUCCCAGCCUUACAUGGAAGAAAAAUGGUUCUGAGCUGAAGGCAGACUCUCGAGUGCGUGUUCUAUCUGGUGGCCGUCAGCUGCAAAUCUCCAUGGCGGAGAGGACUGAUGCUGCAUCCUACAUGUGCCAGGCCUCUAGUGCCACUGGCAGUGCGGUCAAGGAGUACAGCCUGCAAGUCUAUGUUCGUCCUUCCAUCAGCCCGUCCGAGCACGGCAGUGGAGAAGUAAUGGUGGUCCGAGGGGGAAACGUGACCCUUCAGUGUGAGGUGGACGGGGUGCCCAGACCUGCAGUCACUUGGCUGAAAGAUGGUAGGCCUCUGGGAGCUGUAGCUGGAGCCCAGGUCCUCAGUGAGGGAAGACUCCUCCGCAUCAAAGACGCUCAGGUGGCCCACACCGGCCGCUACACCUGCAUUGCUGUGAAUAUAGCCGGACAGGCUGACAACAAGUACGACGUCACUGUACAUGUUCCAGCAAGCAUCAGCGGGCACACACACAGGACUGAGAAUGUGAGUGUGGUGGUGAGGAAUCCUGUGGCCCUCACCUGUGAGGCUUCUGGCAUCCCUCUGCCUGUUAUCACCUGGCUCAAAGACAACAGGCCUAUCGCCCCUUCUAGCUCCAUCCGGGUCAUCUCAGGUGGGCGGAGCCUGCGUUUAAUGCAUGCUGCAGUGGAGGACGCAGGAAGGUUCACCUGCAUUGUGUCUAAUUCUGCUGGGGAGGACCGAAAGAACUUUGAUCUGGAUGUACUGGUGCCCCCCAGCAUUGUGAAUAAAGGUGGAGUGCAAGAUGUAAAAGUAAAGGAAGGACAGAACAUUACCCUGACCUGUGAGGCCACUGGAAACCCGGUGCCAGAGAUAACAUGGUUAAAGGAUGGUCAGCUGGUCACAGGGGAGCCGAGGCUGCAAGUGAUGUCACACGGACGCUUUCUCCACAUCAGUGAUGUCCAGGUGGCUGACACAGGCCGCUACAGCUGUUUGGCAUCCAACAGUGCUGGAGACAGGAGCAUACAUUUCAACCUAAAUGUUCUUGUUUCUCCCACUAUUGCUGGCUCUGGACCAGAGGGCUCUUCUGAGGAAGUUACUGUAACUCUGAACAGCCCCACAUCUCUGGUGUGUGAAGCUCAAUCCUACCCUCCUGCCAUCAUCACCUGGCUCAAGGAUGGGAUUCCAUUUGAGUCAAGUCGCAACGUCAGAGUGCUGCCAGGAGGCCGCACACUGCAGAUCUUGAAUGCGCAGGAAGAAGAUGCUGGCAGAUACACAUGUGUGGCCACCAAUGAGGCUGGAGAGACCCUGAAGAAUUAUGAGGUCAAAGUUUAUAUCCCACCUGUUAUCAGUAAGGAUGUUGCAGGAGAAGGAUUUUUCCCCAGAGAAAUCAAGAUCAAAGUGAACAACACACUGACACUUGAGUGCGAAGCCCAGGCCAUACCGACCCCUACUCUACAGUGGUACAAGGAUGGCCAGAUUUUAAAGACAGAUGGCCGCGUUACAAUGACCGCUAAUGGUCGUAUAGUCCAGAUCAAGCAGGCACAGGUGUCUGAUACUGGUCGCUACACCUGCGUUGCUUCCAACAUUGCUGGAGAGGAUGAGAAGGACUUUGAUGUAAAUAUACAAGUUCCUCCUAGUUUCCAGGACUCCACUUCUGGUUCUGCUGGGGAGGCGAAGGAUGUGAUUCUAAAUAACCCCAUCUCCCUCUAUUGUGAGACCAAUGCCGUCCCACCUCCCACGCUCACAUGGUAUAAAGACGGACGACUACUUGCCUCCAACGAUAGAGUGCUCAUCUUACCUGGUGGAAGAGUGCUCCAGAUCCCCCGAGCUCAGGCUGAGGACUCUGGGAGGUACACAUGCGUGGCUGUCAAUGAUGCUGGAGAAGACUCAAUCCAAUAUGAUGUCAGAGUGUUGUUGCCCCCUUCUAUUCGUGGAGCUGAUAGAGAUGUCCCUGAGGAGGUGGUGGUUUUGGUAAAUAAGACCACACGGCUGGAGUGCCAUGCAGAUGGAAGCCCCCCUCCUAAAAUCAGCUGGCUCAAGGACAGACAGCCUCUAAACCCAGACAGGACACACACACUGCUGUCCAAUGGCAGGACCCUGCAGAUUCUAAAUGCUCAGGUGACCGACACAGGACGUUAUGUGUGUGUGGCUGACAAUGUGGCUGGAAGUGCAGAGAAAUACUUUAAUCUCAAUGUUCAUGUUCCUCCUUCCAUACUGGGUGCAAAUGUGGAGAACGCCACAGUGGUUGUGAAUAAUUUCAUCACUCUAAGCUGUGAGGCCACUGGCUUCCCACCUCCCACUCUGAGCUGGCUUAAAGAUAGGCGACCAGUACAGGCCAACACCAACGCUCUUAUAAUGCCUGGUGGACGUACUUUGCAAAUUCUGAAGACUAAGAUAUCUGAUGGUGGGAAGUACAGUUGUUUGGCCAUCAAUCCAGCAGGAGAAGCCCAGAAGCUUAUUUAUCUCACUGUGUUUGUGCCCCCCAGCAUCAGGGACAGCAGUGGAGACUCACCUGUAGUGAUCAGUGUUCGUGUGGGGAACUCGGUCACCCUGGAGUGCCAGUCAAACGCUGUGCCCCCUCCCACUAUUAUGUGGUACAAGAAUGGCCGUCUCCUCACUGAAACUGCCAACCUUCGCAUCCACAAUGAAGGACAGAUUCUGGAACUCAAAGGAACAGAGGUGUCUGAUACUGGCCAAUACGUUUGCAAGGCCACAAAUGUAGCAGGACAGGUGGACAAGAACUUCCAUCUUAACAUCUAUGUGCCUCCAAGUAUCGAUGGACUAGCAGAAGAGCAUGUUGUGGAGACCAUCAGUAAUCCAGUGACCUUUGCCUGUGAUGCCACGGGAAUUCCACCACCAAGUCUCACCUGGCUAAAGAAUGGCAGAGUAAUUGAGAAUUCUGAGUCUUUGGAGAUGCAUAUCCUGUCAGGAGGAGGUAAACUUCAGAUUGCCCGCUCCCAGCUUUCUGACAGUGGCACCUACACCUGCCUGGCAUCCAACAUUGAGGGCAAAGCCCGUAAGAGCUACCAUCUCAUCAUACAGGUGCCACCCAGCAUUGUAGGAUCAGAGCUGCCUGGUGAAGUAAGUGUCCUGCUGAAUGACAGCAUACAGCUUGUGUGUCAGGCAGAAGGGACUCCGCCUCCCACCAUACAGUGGCUGAAAGAUGGCCAGGUGCUCAGGAGAACUGGCCUUAAGAACAUCAGAAUCAGUCCUGAUGGCAGUACACUCACGGUAACAGCUGCACAUACAUCAGAUGGAGGCAAAUACACCUGUGUGGCCACCAACAAGGCUGGUGAAGAAGACAAGGUCUUCAACCUUAAUGUAUAUGUUCCUCCAGAGAUCCAGGGUAACAGAGAUGUGGCCGAGGGUUUGACCGCAGUGCUGGAUAGCGCUGUGAAUAUUGAGUGUGUGGCCAGUGGCUCUCCCCCACCUCACCUUAACUGGCUGAAAAAUGGCCUGCCUUUACCUGUGUCUGCUCACGUACGUCUGCUGUCUGCUGGACAGGUCCUCCGCAUUGCUCGUGUUCAAGUGUCUGAUGAAGGCACGUACACUUGUGUGGCGUCCAACCGAGCUGGAGUGGACAACAAACACUACAGUCUGCAGGUUUAUGUCCCUCCCAGUCUGGAUGGAGCAGGCACCACAGACGAUGUGAUGUUGGUUAGGGGGAGCAUGGUGGCUCUGGUGUGCAUCUCUGAUGGGACCCCGACUCCGACAGUCUCCUGGCUGAAGGAUGGCGCUGCUCUGUCUUUAGACACCCAUAUCACCCUGCUGAACCACAACAGCACCCUGAAGAUACCCUCUAUCCAGAUCAAACACACAGGACGCUACACCUGUGUCGCACAGAACCAGGCCGGGGAGGCCCGCCGCCACUUUAAUCUCAAAGUACUGGAUCCUCCACGGAUUAAUGGCUCUGGAUUCCCCACUGAGGUAUCGGUGGUGGUGAACCAUGUUCUGGAGCUUGUGUGUGAGGUAGAGGGUAUACCAGUCCCCACAGUCAAUUGGGUUAAGGACGGUAGGCCACUGCUGCAGACAGAUGGCUUGCGCCUUCUCCGUGGAGGAGAGGUGCUCCGGAUCAGCUCUGCUCAGGUUGAGGACACUGGAAGGUACAGUUGUUUGGCCACUAGCUCGGCAGGAGAUGAUGACAAAGAGUUCCUGGUCCGUGUGCACGUCCCACCCAACAUUGCUGGAGAGACUGGAGUCCAAGACGUGUCAGUGAUUCAGAACAGACAGGUGACUCUUGAGUGCAAGUCAGAUGCAGUGCCACCUCCCACCCUCUCCUGGCUGAAAGACGGAAUUCCACUUAAGGUGUCUCCCCGGGUGCGUGUGUUAUCCAAUGGCCGCUACCUGCAGAUCAAUAACGCAGAGCUGGGAGACGCAGCUCGCUAUACCUGCAUGGCUAGCAAUGUUGCUGGAGAAACAAGACGCCAUUUUAAUCUCAGUGUGAAUGUUGCUCCCACAAUUAAGGAUGGACCUCAAGUCGUGUCUGUGCAUGUCAACCAACCAGUGGUUCUGGAGUGUAUUGUUAGUGGGGUCCCUGCCCCACGUGUUACCUGGAGAAAACAUGGAGCCGUUCUGGCUGGAAACAGUCAUAGGUACAAGUUUACCCCGGAUGGCUCUCUUCAUAUUCACUCAGCCCAAAUGACCGAUACAGGGCGCUACUUGUGCAUGGCCACCAACCAAGCGGGUACUCAGCGAAAGAGAGUGGAUCUUCAGGUUUAUGUGCCCCCCUCGAUUGCUGAUGGGUCCACCAACGUCACAGUGACGGUAAACAUUCAGACCACCCUGUCCUGUGAAGCCACAGGUAUCCCCAAACCCUCCCUCACAUGGAGCAAAGAUGGUCGCCCCAUCAACACCGACCACAACCAGAAUAUGUACAGGUUGCUUUCAUCAGGUUCGCUGGUUGUCAUAGCACCCACAGUAGAAGACACAGCUCUGUACGAGUGUGUGGUGACCAAUGAGGCAGGCCAGGAGAACAGGGCCAUCCAGCUCACUGUACAAGUACCGCCAUCUAUUGCUGAUGAAGCCACAGAGCUGAUAGUGAACAGACUGUCCCCAGUGGUCAUUAGCUGUACUGCAUCAGGAGUCCCAGAACCUGUCCUGCACUGGAGCAAAGAUGGAGUGCGUCUGGCCAAAGAAGGAGAGGGAUACAAGACACUCCCCUCUGGUCCUCUGGAAAUUGCUUCUGCUGAGUUAAGUCACUCUGGCCAUUAUUCAUGCUCUGCUAAAAAUGCUGCCGGAUCUGCCCAUCGCCACGUGCAGCUCACUGUGCAGGAUCCACCAGUCAUUCAGGCUCACCCCACAACAUUGGACGUUAUCCUGAACAACCAUGUAACUAUCCCAUGCCGUGCCGUGGGCUCCCCACGCCCCACCAUCACCUGGCAGAAAGAAGGCAUCAGCAUCUUUACCUCUGGCAAGAGCUUGCACCUCCAGGGAGGGGAUGUCACUCUUCUGCCUAGUGGCAGCCUGCAGAUUUCACGGGCCAAAAUAGAAGAUUCUGGAACCUACAUGUGUGUUGCCCAGAAUCCAGCAGGCACAGCACUGGGCAAGACCAAACUCCGUGUACAGGUUCCUCCAGUCAUCAAUUCAAGUACUAAGUCCUAUGAUGUGGCUGUGGAUGGCUCAGUGACUCUACAGUGCCAGUCUGAAGGCUACCCAACCCCAUCGGUCAUCUGGCACAAGGAUGGGCAGCCACUGACUGAGUCUGUGCGUCAGCGUGUCCUGAGCUCUGGCUCUCUGCACAUUGUCUUUACCCAGCCAGGAGACACAGGCAGAUACACCUGCACUGCAGCCAACGUGGCAGGGAGCAGCAGUGUGGAAAUGAGCCUCACUGUGCUGAUCCCUCCCAUCAUCCGUGCAGGUGAACCAGAGCUGUGGGUGAUGCAGAAUACACAAGCCCUGUUGUCAUGUGUGGCGGAGGGUGUGCCUCAGCCCACCAUAAACUGGGAGAGGGAGGGCGUCCCUCUGACAGACUCAGUAGGACAGCAUACCAUCCUGCCCUCUGGAGAGCUCAUCAUUGACACCACUCAGCCUGAAGAUGCUGGUACCUACACAUGUGUAGCCACCAACUCAGUGGGGCAGGACAGUUGGACGAUUACUCUGUCUGUGCACACACAUCCAGCUUUUACUGAACUACUGGGAGACGUGGCUCUCAACAUGGGAGAGCGCCUUUUGCUUGCCUGUGGGGCCACAGGAAUCCCUACACCCAAAAUCACAUGGGCAUUCAACAAUAACAUCAUUCCAGCAUUUUAUGACCAUGUGAAUGGCCACAGUGAGCUUGUGAUUGAGCAUGUCAGUAAGGACGACGCAGGCACAUACUCCUGUGUGGCAGAGAACCAUAUGGGGUCCAUUAAGUCUGUGGGCUUUGUUUACGUCAAAGAGCCUCCUAUAAUAGAUGGAGAUGUCCAUUCAAACCAUAUUGAGCCUCUAGGAGGGAAUGCCAUUCUGAACUGUGAGGUUCGGGGAGACCCCCUGCCCACCAUCCAGUGGAGCAAGAAUGGAGUCAACAUCCAGAUCAGCAACCGCAUCCGACAACUGGACAAUGGCUCUCUAGCCAUCUAUGGCACUGUGAAUGAAGAUGCAGGUAACUACGUAUGUGUGGCUACAAAUGAUGCUGGAGUUGUGGAGAGGACCGUCACGCUAACCUUACAAAGCUCUCCAAUCUUUACUGUGGAGCCAGUUGACACAGUGGUGGAUUCAGGGUCCACCGUGGUGCUAAACUGCCAGGCGCAGGGUGAGCCCACACCAGUCAUUGAGUGGGCCAGCCAGGGGCGACCCCUGCUGAGCAAUGACCGCAUCACAAUAUUGGCCAAUGGCUCUCUGCGAAUAAGCAGCGCUCAAAAGGAAGACACGGCUGAGUAUGCAUGUAUCGCCCGCAACCUGAUGGGCUCUGCACUAGUGCGAAUGACCCUCACAGUACGAGUUAAUGGAGGUUUCUCUGAGUGGAUGGAAUGGGGUUCCUGCAGUGUGUCCUGUGGGGCUGGAGUUCAGAGGAGGUUGAGACUGUGCAGCAAACCUCGACCUGCCAAUGGUGGGCGACAUUGUGUCGGCCCAGACUCUGAGAGCCGUAGUUGUAAAGGAAAACCCUGCCCAGUGGAUGGCCAGUGGUCAGAGUGGUCAGCUUGGGAGGAGUGCUCUCGGACAUGCGGUCAGGGGAACAGAACAAGGAUCCGCACCUGCAGUAAGCCUCCAGCCCAGCAUGGAGGAAGGCCCUGUGAGGGCCGUGCGGUGGAAGUCAUCAUGUGCAGCAUCAAACCCUGCCCUGUGGCUGGGAACUGGGGUGCCUGGUUGCCCUGGAGCCCUUGCAGUGAGACGUGUGGAAAAGGGAUGCAGACAAGGAUCAGACUGUGUAACAACCCUCCACCUUCAUUUGACGGGCCACCUUGCAAGGGAGCAGAAACGCAAACUCAAGUGUGCACAGAGAGGAACUGCCCUGUGGAUGGGAAGUGGUCCUCCUGGGUGAGCUGGGGGCCAUGUAGCGUUUCCUGCGGAGGUGGAACCAGACAGAGGACACGUCUAUGUGCAAGCCCCGCCCCUCAACAUGGAGGAAGACAGUGUGAAGGAAAUGACAUCCAUAUUGACUUCUGCAAUAGUGAACCAUGUCCAAUUAAUGGUAACUGGGGCCCAUGGAGCAGUUGGGGCAGCUGCAGCAGGACUUGCAAUGGAGGGCAGAUGCGUCGCUACAGAACAUGUGAAAACCCCCGACCAGCCAAUGGAGGUCGAGCAUGUGCUGGAGCAGACACAGAGAUACAGAAAUGCAGCACAGAGAGUUGCCCUGUGGAUGGGAACUGGGGUCUGUGGCAGCCCUGGGGUGAAUGUUCAGCCUCAUGUGGAUCAGGGGAGCAGAAGAGAGUCCGGAUCUGUAACAGUCCAUCUCCUAGCAACAAAGGCCGUCCCUGCCCAGGGGAUUCCACGCAGUUGUCCAAGUGUAACAUCCGACCAUGUCCAGGUGGUCCUCAGAAGGCCAGAGGAAGUGUUAUUGGUAACAUUAAUGAUGUGGAGUUUGGGAUUGCCAUUCUUAAUGCCACCAUCUCCACAAGUCCGUCAGGAGGUAAAGUGGUACAUGCCACCAUCACCAAUGUACCCAGGAGCCUAGGCCCUGCAAUGAGAAAGCUAAUCUCCUUGUUGAAUCCUAUCUACUGGACUACAGCACAGGAGCUGGGCGAGGCAUUCAAUGGCUACAGCCUCACAGACGGUCUAUUUCGACGAGAGACUCAAGUGGAGUUUGCCACGGGGGAAAUUCUGAGGAUGACCCAUGUGGCACGAGGACUGGACACAGAUGGUGCUCUGUUGUUGGACAUUGUUGUAAAUGGGCAUAUCCUCCAGUUGCCCUCCAAUGCAGAUAUUAGCCUUAAGGACUACACAGAGGAUUACAUACAGACAGGCCCUGGGCAGCUGUAUGCUCUGUCCACACGUAUGUUCAGUGUAGACAGAGUGAGUGUUCCCUAUUCCUGGAAUCACACCAUUUCCUAUGAUCCAUCCAGAGGCAAGAUGCCCUACCUAGUGCAGACACUCCACGCCUCUGCUAUCAAGGCUCAGUACCAUCCUCUAGACGAAAUGCUGGAUUUCACCAUCCAUGCAACUAUUGCCAAAGGUGAACGUAGUAAUCAAUGUCCUAGUGGCUUUCUUCUAGACCCAGCUGGACCCUACUGUGCUGAUGAGAAUGAGUGUGUGGAAGGAAACCCCUGCUCCCAUGCCUGCCAUAAUGCUAUAGGCACAUACUACUGCUCCUGCCCCAGAGGACUCACCAUCUCUGCUGAUGGAAGGACUUGUCAGGACAUUGAUGAAUGUUCACUGGGUGGGCACAUUUGUCAUGAUGGACAGGACUGUGAGAACACCAUUGGCUCCUACCGUUGUGUGAUGCGCUGUGGACGGGGUUUCCGGAGAACAGCAGACGGCUUGAGCUGUUCAGACAUAAAUGAAUGUCAGGAGACAAACCCGUGUCACCAGCACUGCCUCAACACCAUAGGGAGCUUCCGCUGUGCCUGUGAGGCAGGAUACCAGCUCAGAAACCGCCGCUGCAUCGACAUUAAUGAGUGCAGACAGAGAGUUUGUCGCUCGGAUCAGCAGUGUAAGAACACACGGGGUGGCUACACCUGCACUGACCUCUGUCCUACUGGCAUGACUAAAGGAGCCAACAGUACCUGCAUAGACAUUGAUGAGUGUCGAGAUGGCACUCACCUCUGCAGGUACAACCAGAUCUGUGAGAACACCAGGGGGAGCUAUCACUGCACCUGCCCCAGAGGCUACCGCUCACAGGGUGUGGGUCAGCCCUGCCUCGACAUUAACGAGUGUGAGCAUGUGCCGAUGCCCUGCGCUUACCAGUGCGCCAACAGCCCAGGCAGCUACAAGUGCCUUUGCCCUCCGGGACGCCACCUGCUGGGUGAUGGAAAGUCUUGCGCAGGGCUGGAGCGUUUGCCCAGCUAUGAGAGCUUCUCGUAUGGCUUCCGCACUUCACAGUCCUCACCUGAGCGUCGCUACCACAGCCUGGCCUCUCAGAGCUACCACUCCUACACUGGUACCGGGGGGCGCUUCAGGCUCAGGAGUACCCCUUCACGCUCUCGCAGGGCUGCUACAAACUGCCCUCAUGGGUUUAGGGCACAAAGAGACAAGUGCUUAGAUAUCAAUGAGUGUGAACAGAGAGACACGUGUCAGCAUGAGUGUAUGAACACGCCGGGCAGCCACAAGUGUUUGUGUCCCAGUGGCUAUCGCCUCAUGACUAAUGGCAAAACAUGUCAAGACAUUGAUGAGUGCUUGGAACAGAAUAUUCAGUGUGGCUCAAACAGAAUGUGUUUCAACAUGAGAGGAAGCUACCAGUGCAUCGACACGCCCUGCCCACCGAACUACCAAAGAGAACCGGCCACAGGAUUCUGUCUUAAAAACUGCCCACCCAAUGAUCUGGAGUGUGCUCUGAGCCCUUACGCACUGGAGUACAAGCUGCUGUCUUUACCCUUUGGUAUUGCUGCCAACCAGGACCUGAUCCGCCUGGUGGCCUACACCCAGGACGGAGUGAUGCACCCACGAACAUCCUUUCUGGUGGUAGACGAAGACACCACGCUUCCCUUUGCGCUGCGUGAUGAGAACUUAAAGGGAGUGCUGUUCACGACGAGGCCGCUGCGCGAGCCGCACACCUAUCGCAUGAAAGUGAAGGCCCUGUCCUACAGCACCAAUGGAGGCAUCGAGUAUCAGACCACCUUCAUCGUGUACAUCGCCGUCUCAGCCUAUCCCUACUGAGAGCACUUGACCAUGACUGGGAGACAGAGGUGGAGAUGCACUUUUCGUGCAGGACUUGUGUGUGUGUGUGUGUGUGUGCGUGUGUGUGUGUGUGUGUGUGUUUGUGUGUGAGAGAGAGAGGGAAAGAGACAGUUUGUGUGUAUGCUUGGAUGUAAUUGGGUGACUGGUAGAUCCUCAACUUGAAGAAAAUCCCACAGAUGGUAACUUCACACCUCCUAGAGUGAAGAGCUGAGCUGCAGUGUCCAGUGAGCAAGUCAUUUUAAAUUUAAAAAAGGACCCAGCAUUGAGCCCUGGGGUAGGUUGCUUUACCCCUAGCUGGAGCCUGAAGACUGUAGGUCAGAGAAAGCUGCCCAACAAUGCCUACAAUGGAUAGUCAUUUUUGCUAGAUUGUUUAAAGUCCCUCUUUUCAGGAAAAUGGGUGAUGUGAACGAUGAAAAAGGACAAAUGUAAUGUCUACCUAUUAACUUAUUGGGAAGUGCUUGAAAAUAAGAGGCAGUACUUUUUCCCACAUCUGGUUGGUUGUUAAAGCAUUCUGUGAAAGCCAAGGAUUUUGAAAGUUUUUUUUCAGGAUUGGUCCAGUAGAAGCUUAUCAUUCAUAUAGCUUAUUAUUUCCCAGUAGAGAUUAUGGGUGAGGAACACCACAGAAGAUAAUAAUAAUAAAAAUACAUAUUUAUCUCAGGUAAGCACUGCCUUCCCUCUAUAACACCACUGUUGUCCAUUUACAUUCUUAACUAUGUACAGAACUUUAUAUACUGGUUGUUGCAACUGAAUUGCAGCAUUACAGGUUAUUACAAAACUGAUUGAUUUUCAAUGUUAAAGUUGUAUUCUAUUUUUAUGAUUUGUAUAUAAGCAUUUGGUUUCCAUUCUGUAAUAUGAUUCUAUAUUGUGUUGUAGCCAUUUUUUAAGCAAACAUUAAAUGUACAAUACAACACA